AUGAGAGCCCGGGGAAUCCUCUCGUUAUUGUCGUCUUUCCCUGUUCUGGGGAGGGCCGGUCAAAGCCCAGACAUUCGGUCUCUCUUCACCUUCGGCGACUCGUACUCGAGCACGAAAUUCGAUGUCUCGUCGACGCAGCCCUCGCCGGGGAACCCAAUGGGGAAUCCCCAGCUGGGACUGGGCACCGCAGCAGACUCAAUCAACUGGGUUGGCUAUCUGACAACGCAGUACAAUGACACGACCGUGCUGAGCUAUAAUCAUGCUGUAUACGGUGCGACAGUGAACAACUCCAUCGUUGCAUCCGACCCAGACGUACCCCGGGAUCUGGUGUACCAGGUGCUAGACGCGUUUGAACGAAACUACUGUCCCCCGCACACGACUGGCCUAGGCUGGAGUGCUGACGCGGCGCUGUUCGGGGUGUGGAUUGGAAUUAACGAUAUCUACUUCGCAUACCAGCUUCCCGAUCCCCUCGACACACUCUCUCGUGUACUACAGAGCUACUUUAAUCUCGUCGACCACCUACACGCCUGCGGUGCUCGGGACUUCCUCAUAUCCAAUAUCCCGCCGUGCGACCGCACCCCGAAUAUAGUGGCACUGGAGCAGUCGGAGGUAAAACUCUACGAGUCUGUGACAGCGCAGUUCAACGACUGGCUGCUUGAUGCAGUUGACGAAUGGCGUUCAGCUAACCCUGAUUCUACAAUGAGGACCUACGACUCGUGGUCCUUCUUCACGGAAGUCCUGGACAACCCGCAGGAAUACGGCUUCGUUGACAGCACCUGCAUAGGCUAUGAACAAGGGUGUUUCUGGUGGGAUAAUUUCCAUCCUGUUUCGGCGUUUCAUAAUCUGCUUGCUGCUGAUGUUGGGAGGUUCUUGGACUGGUAG